AUGAGUGGGCUAGGGCCACCUAGCGUUUGGGCUGCCCAGAAGAGGCUGGAGUCUUGGGCCAGAGCUGCACGGGAGAGAACUUCAAGUGCUAGUAGUGGGCAGAGCCACAACUCUACGGACAGUUUCGGCGACGACAAAUCGCAUAGCCCAAGUGAGAUGCUCAUAUCAAAAGAGCAAUGUCGAGUGCAACCUCUGAGCGAAGCUCGCACGGCUAGUUCACUUCCUCACGCGCGACUUACUCGGACACCCUCUAUUUCAUCGCAGAGUAGUCUGGAUAGCGGCACGUCGAGAGCGACUAGCCAUCGGGGUUCAUCUCCGGCCAUACGUACAUUCGCACCCGACGGCCGGACGCUGGAAGCUGGAGGCACUGGAAUCCCCCGAUCACCAUCUCCACUACGCGCUGCUUCCUUGGACGUUCGCGCCGCUCCUCUAGCACACGGCUCGUUGGCCUCGCUCGCUGACUCCCCUACUCCUUCCAGCCCGAGGCACGCGCCUCCAAGAUGCUUAUCACCUCUCCUUAUGCCACCGAGACGAAUAGAUCGCAGUAAUUCUUUGGUGGAAAGCAGCAGCGGCUUGGGGCCUCUAAGCCCUAGCGCAGGAGCUACGAUAAGUGCGUUGGGAGCCCUACAGCCAGACCUCUACACUAAACGUGAAGCGCCACUGGUCAUAGAACUGGAGGGCGCAGGCCCAUCUCUUGGUAGGAUCCAUCUGCGCUUGAAAUAUGACUUCGAUAGAUCCGACUUGGAAGUACAUCUCAUUGAAGCGCACGACCUUGCCGGCUACGAAGCGGGUGGUUUCAACGACCCGUAUGUACGUGUCAGCCUCCUGCCUGAAGUGGACACCCGCGUGCGACAAACACCCGUCCACAGGAAUGAAGCGAACCCCUUUUUCGACCAACACUUCAAAUUUCCCGUGUCUCAUGACGAACUAGGGGACAAAACGCUGCUGCUUCAAGUGUUCGAUUAUGACAGAUUCUCCCGUAACGAAGUGAUGGGAUCAGCUAAAGUCCCUCUCUUUCGCGUGGAGGUGGCCGGUGGUGCUGAAGUCUGGGCGGAACUGUCGCGAGAACGACGCCCACCUGAAGAGCUGCAAGAGCUGCUGCUAUCUCUUUCCUACCUCCCUUCAGCUGAACGCCUUACUGUAGUCGUGCUGAAGGCGCGCAACUUGCUGCCUCCUCAGGAAGGGAAAGACGCUUUAGAUGUUUAUGUAAAAGUGUACCUUCUUGUCAAUGGAAAACGUGUCAAAAAGAAGAAGACAAACAGGAAAGAGAUAAACAACCCCGUGUGGAAUGAAGCACUCUCCUUCAGCCUGCCCUCUACUAACCUUCAAGAAGCUUCCAUUGAGGUGUGCGUGGUGACGGGCGGCGGCAGCGGGCUGGUGGUGGGGUGGUGCUGCGUGGGCGCAGCCGAGCCGGCGGCGGAGGGCCGCCACUGGGCACAGAUGGCGCACGAGACGCGCAAGGCCGUCGCCAUGUGGCACACGCUCAGAUAG